AUGGCUGAAGUAGAGUGCAUGCACAGACAUCCCAGAGCCGAGGACCUAAGGAUUGGGCUCAUCUGCUGGGCAGGAACCUACCUCACCUUUGAAACAUACAAGAAUACAAUCACAGCUACUGCAAAAUGUUUGGGCAGGAAACAGACCUGGGAACUCCUAGUGAGUAAUGAGCAUGACGCACAGGCUGUAGUACGAGUGAAGAGUUUGCAGGGCCUCUACCUUCUAUGUGAGCCAGAUGGCUCUGUGUGCUAUGGCCGGCCAAGGACCAGCCACCAUGGAUGCUUCCUGCUCCGUUUCCACCGGAAUGGCAAGUGGACCUUCCAGUGUAUCAUCUCUGGUCGUUAUUUGGAAUCUGAUGGGGAAUAUGUGUUCUGCCACUCCCGGGUCCUCUCCGCUUACCACAUGUGGACCCCACGGCCAGCACUGCAUGUCCAUGUGACCCUCUUCAGUCCCAUGUAUCACAGCUAUGCCCGGGCUGACCACACUGUGGGCCGCAUCUGGGUAGAUGCAUCAAUCCCUUGUCUGGAGGAAUGUGGUUUCCUAUUACAUUUCCAAGAUGGAUGCUACCACCUGGAGACAUCAACACACCACUUCUUGUCCCGCUUAGACCAACUGGUCUCCCAACCCUCAUCUCAGACAGCUUUUCACCUGCAAGUGCGCCCUGGCGGGAUUGUGGCCCUAUGUGAUGGAGAAGGAGGCACAGUAUAUCCACAAGGCUCACACCAGCUCCUGGGCCUGGGUUCCAGUCCCAGGAGGGGUGAGGAAUGGUUCAUCCUCCACCACUUCCCAACUUGGGUCAGCCUCAGGGUAAAGACUCGGAGGUUCAUCUCAGUCAUGUGUGAUGGGGAUGUGUGUACUGCCUCUGAGUGCUUGACGCCAAUGUCCUUGUUCCAGUUUGAAUGUGACAGUGACAACCUUACCUUGCAGCUUCGUUCAGCCAAUGGCUACUACCUAGCCCAGAGGCAGCAUAGGACUGUGCUAGCUGAUGGACACCCGCUGGAGUCUGAAACCUUCUUCCAAGUACAUUGGAAUUGUGGAAAAAUCAUCCUGCAGUCCUCCAAUGGACGCUUUCUGGGCAUUACACCCAAUGGCUUACUGAUGGCCAGUUCCACCAUACCAGGCCCAAAUGAAGAACUGGGGAUUCGAUUUGCCAACCGUUCCUUCCUCGUAUUGCGAGGUCGGUAUGGCUACGUGGGCUCCUCAUCAGAUCAUGACCUCAUGCAGUGCAAUAUGGAUCAGCCUGACUACAUUCAGCUACUGCCCUGCCGCCAGGGUAUCUACCACUUCCAGGCACAGGGUGGAUCCUUCUGGUCGAUAACAUCCUUUGGCACCUUCCGUCCUUGGGGAAAAUUUGCUCUCAACUUCUGUAUAGAACUUCAGGGGAGCAACUUACUCACAGUGCUGGCACCCAAUGGCUUCUAUAUUCGAGGCGACAGAAGUGGCACCCUAUUGGCAGACAGCGAAGAAAUUACCAAAGAAUGUAUCUGGGAAUUUUAG